CCCUCUCUUAAAGCCCUCUGAAGUCUGAAACUUCUCUACCUUAAUCCAAAGAAAGCUCUCUUCUCUCUCUCUCUCACUCUCUCAUAUGAAGUACUUCCUGAUCCCAACGUUGUCAGCCUUCACUUCUCACCUCCCCAAAACCGCUCAUCUUGGCCUCCUUUCCUUGGCCUCAAAAUCCUUUCCACGCAACCCCACAAUUUUCCUUCCCCUAAAACCCACAACCUUUUCUCCCACAUGUUCCAUUCAUUCAAUCCAAAGUCGUGGCGUGCACACGGAGCAACUGACUCCGCCGUCGCCUCCCGGAGAGAUUCACGUGAUCGUUGGCCCCAUGUUCGCUGGAAAAACCACCACCCUUCUUCGCAGAAUUCAAUCUGAGAGCAGCAAUGGCAGAAGUGUGGCAAUAAUAAAAUCAAAUAAGGAUACAAGAUAUGGAUUGGAUUCGAUCGUGACACAUGAUGGGGCGAAAUUGCCAUGCUUGGCCUUACCUGAUUUGUCAUCAUUUAGACAAAAGUUUGGUCUUGAUGCAUAUGAUCAGUUAGAUGUGAUUGGUAUUGAUGAAGCUCAAUUCUUUGAGGACCUUUAUGAUUUCUGUCGUGAAGCUGCUGAUCAUGAUGGCAAAAGAGUAAUAGUUGCUGGACUAGAUGGUAAUUAUUUAAGGAGGAGCUUUGGUUCUGUGCUGGAUAUAAUUCCCCUGGCUGAUUCCGUGACCAAAUUAACUGCUUGCUGUGAACUUUGCGGUAAACGUGCUUUCUUCACCUUAAGGAAAACAGAGGAGACACAGACUGAACUGAUUGGUGGGGCUGAUGUCUACAUGCCUGUGUGUCGGCAGCACUAUGUCAGUGGACAAGUAGUCAAGGAAGCUGCAAAGACUGUCCUGGAAUCUCAAAAUGUUCAGUGUGUCUCUUAUGCAUAGUUCAACUAAGGAAAACGGUGGAGACACAGACCGAACUGAUUGGUCUGUCUACAUGCCUGUGUGUCGGCAGCACCACGUCAGCAGACAAGUAGUCAAGGAAACUGCAAAGACUGUCCUGGAAUCUCAAAACGUUCAGUGUGUCUCUUAUGCAUAGUUCAACUGCUUAGUAGGAAAUCUGAAAUUUCCUAGUAUGCUCUGCCUUGUAGUCUACACAACUUGUCAAUAGUGAAAUUGCAAUUGAGUUAGGAAUAUUACAUCUUUAGGUCCCUAUCAAGAAUGUAGAUAUUGUUACAUCUAUUUAUGUGGUCAAUGUUUGAUAGAUGCUUUAAUUAUCAUCAAUAUACAUUGCUGGAAAAUAUAAAACUAUAAUGAAUGUGAAUUUGAAACAGGUUUUUUCUAUUAUUUUCUUCUUCUUAAGGAACUGUUUAUAGUCAAUAGUUGUAUUCACGUAUAGUAUGAAAGUAUAAAAUUUAAAGUAUAGUGGUUCUGUAUCUUAGAUACCCUAAUAAUACAAACCAUUUGCUUGUGAAUUGUUGUCUCCCUUUGAGAAGUUAAAAGAUUUUUGGGAAUAGGAUUGUGUUCUACUUGGUAUCAAAGGUCUUUUUCUUUAGACUUAUGAAAAUCAAAGUUGCAGGUCUUAGUUUCUUACCUUUGCUCCAAAAGCAAAAUGCCCUAAGAUCUUUUUAGAUUUCUGGCCUUAGCCUAGGAAUCCCCAAAAUUAGAACUAAGAUUGAGGAUUGUAAUGAAAAGAUACCUUGUCUAGUCCGACUCCUAUCCCUUCCAAUAAAAGGGAGGUAAAAAUAUCCUAUGAGUGCAAGAUGUACUACCAAACUAUAGAUGGACAUAUUGUUAGUGGUUUGGAAUGGGUGGUUUCCAAAGUUUUUUUUAUUGAAUCUAAGCUGUUUCAAUUGGUGGUGGAGGAAGGAGGGAAUUUUUUCUCCCUUAGGAUUUUUGAACGGGGAAAAUACUACAUGCAAUCAGUUUUUAUGGGCAAGAGUGCUGCAAUUUGGUCAAUGUGGAACUUGGAACACACCAUGAUUGGAGUUAAUCCAAAGCAGCUCUUCACGCUCAGGGAAGGUGAUACUGCUUACACUUUGCAAUGGGGGUCAAACUUGUUUGGUCAGUAUUUAUCAGUGACUGAGCUUAAGGUAGGUGGGUUGCGGAGAUCUAUCAUUAUCCCUGCUGGAAAGUUACAACAAGGAUUGAGGGACUUUGGGAUUGAAUUAAGAAGAAUGUUGGAACCUUCCCAUUAUGCAUUGGGUGGACUGAAAUUUGUACUGUUCAUAAGCAGAUUCCAGAGUUUCAUUCUUGUAGUUGUGUUCCCCCCCCCCCCCCCCCCUUUUCUCUCUCCUGUUUUGUCUUUAAUAUGUUUGUGGUGGCUAGCUCAACCCCCACUUUAAUAAAAUAAAGACUGCCUGCUUUUGCCAAAUUGUGGAAUAUUUAUAUACGUGUGUGUGCUUGUGUUGAAUUGUUUUUAGGCGUCGCCUCAUGCGCCUUAAACAUUGCUUGAGGCACUCACCCAGGCACUAAAGUGUGCGUUGGUAUAUAUGUGUGUAUUUGGAAUUUCUUUUAGGCAUUGCCUCAGACGCCUUAAAGGGUGCCUAGGCAUUAGGUGGACAUCUCACUAAAGGUGCCUUGCUUAGACUUUGAAGGUGAGCACCUCACUAAAGCCUCCUAGCUUUGGAGCUCUUGGAGGUGACCUUAGUGGCAGCUCAUCUCACCCGAGCACGUAGCAUACUUUGGACCACACUGACUUUAGCUAUCAAAUCAAGUUAAAUUGCUCAAGCCCAACAUAAUACAUCAAUUAGAAGACAUUUCUUGCUCAUUUGCUUAUCCUGAUACAAAGAAACACUUUAUAAGAUUUUUUUUUUUUCAUCUGCUUAUCAGCUGAAUGCCUUUCAUAUCUCCUUUUGUUAACAUCUCUUGAGAACAUAUAAUUCAAAUUUGUUUACCCUCUUUCUUUCCCUGAGUGCCUCACUAGUGCAUUCAAUGUAAGAUUUAUGUGGCCACUUAAUGCAAUGCAUCAUUUAGCAAUAGUUUAGAUCCAUUCCAGCUUUUAUUGAUAACUGUCCAUGAAUAUCUUCAGUUGUGCUUAAAUAUGAUGUUCCUUUACUUCUUGCAGAAAGGUCAAUUUCGAUGGGUGUGUCAUUUGCUGCAUCAAAACCACCCAAAACAUGGGUUUAUAAGCCCUCUUUGUGACCAUCCAUUGCCCUGCACCUUCUCCACUUUACCAAGGUCCUAGCAGUAAUCCCUCACCAAUAUGCGGUCAUCCUCGUCAUCAUCAGCAUGUUAAACCCAAUGCAAUUACUC